UGCAUGUAGGUAGUGCGUACAGUACAUAUAUAAUCGAUUCAGUGGUGCUUAUAUACGCGAGUGUCAUUGUGCAUGUGUGCGAAUUGAUUGUAUAAUUACAUCAUCAUUAUCAGUUUAUAGUCAUGCAACAUUAGUUAAAUUGAUUUCCCUAAUUAAGAUGAAGCUUGAGGUUAGGAUCAAACAAGAUCGUAUGCACUACCCACUACACACGGUCGACCCUGUUCUAAGCAAAGAUUCAAUAUUCACGUCAAUUUUUUGUGAUUUUUUUAUACUUCGAGGUUCCAAGAGAUGUUUGUAAACUUCAUUGACAUUCAGCACGUCUUAUGUGAUCACUUCUCAGCGUAUCUGAGGACCGAAACGAUUGACAAAAUAAACAGUGACUAUUGUUUUGUUAACCUAUACAGUUUGUGUUUCAAUACCUCUUUGAUAGACAAAACAAAAAAUGGUCGUUUUAUACAGAGCUGCCGAUUUGGUGUGCCUGUCAUAGAGCCGCCAUGCCUUAGAGCACCUAACGAACUGGAAAACAUUUUUUACCUAUCGAUUGUCCCCACUGCGUUCAGAAUGUGCGUGUAUUUCGAGUGUCAUUGAUGCAUUUCGGUAUGGGGGACAGGGGGCGAUGGGGGCCGGCCGGACACCAAGCGAACGCACCUCGUCCGCGAACUCACGGACCAGUGUGCGUUGUAACUCCGAGGGGCGAACACGCGCGCCGCGCCCGCACACAACUUACUCGCGAAACACGAACUCGAACUCUCAAAUAUCACAGAUUCGGAUUAUUCCAAAAAUACUUUCGUGGAACAAAUAGUCAGCUUGAGAUGGGGUCCAUGAACUGAUUAACAGAAGAAUCAUUUUAACGAAACCAAAGACAAAAGUGCUGUGCGUGACCCGCCAAAAAAACAAGAUGGCCGCCAAAAGGAAAGCUGGUGCACUGCUUCAACAUGUCCUGCCAAAGGACAACUUAACUCCCGAACCUGCGGACAUGAACGACGACGACAAUUUUUCUAGUCAGGCCCUCGCGAAAGACGCUGAGAAGUUGAAAAUGAUGUUGCUAGCAUGGAAUUACCACAGCCAGGCUCAAGGCCGCAACGGUGACAUUACGGAGACUGGUGGCGACAGCAUGGCGGAUUUAUGGGCUUCAUACCAUAGCGCUUUGGGUCUCGGCAGCAAGCCGCCAAAACCUCCUACUCCAUUGGCCGCUGGCCACUCGAGUCCAAUUCACGUUGGCUCGGUGACACCGGGAGUGGAGCCUGCUUCUACACAUGAUGAGACUUCAUCAUCAGAUCGGACAAAGGAUGACGAUGACGGCGGAGCCUCGGAUGAUGACUCUGAUGACAGGGUUGAUCCACAACAUCAUGAUCCGGAGCGACUGAAGGCUUUUAACAUGUUCGUCCGCCUCUUCGUAGACGAAAACUUGGACAGGAUAGUUCCGAUCUCCAAGCAGCCUAAAGAAAAAAUUCAGGCUAUCAUCGAUUCCUGCACACGACAGUUUCCGGAGUUUGCCGAACGCGCUCGAAAGAGGAUCAGAACUUAUCUGAAGAGCUGCAGACGGAACAAGAAAGUACGAGGAGAGAUGCCCUCGUCAGGCAAUGGAGGAAGUACACCGGGGUCUGGCAACGCCUGGGACACUGCGGUGCGACCAACUCCAGCGCAUCUGACAUCAGUGCAAGCUGAGCACAUCCUUGCACAGGCGUGUGAGAAUGAGAGCCUCAACGCUAAACGCAUGCGUCUUGGUCUCGACCCUGUCAGCCAGCCGAUGCCGACUGUACCUACUCCAAUGGCCAUUGACACUACGGCGACUUCAGCAGUGGCUUCGUCAUUCCUAAGCCUGUACAGUGGUGCUAUUAGCAGCCCAGCUUCCACUCCAGCUACAACCACGUCCACUACUUCAUUGGCCACAGCUGGACAUAGCAAGGCAGCUGCAGACACUACCAGGCCAUCAGCAAGCCCAACUAUGGAUACCUCGCUGCUGAACAACAACAACUUGAAACUGGAUAACGCUAAUGGAAACGCUGGCAGUAAGACUGCUAGCCCAGCGUCAUCGCCGGCGCCUCUAUUCAGACCAUCAUUCCCAAAUACUUUUGGAACGCCACAAACUUUUGGACGACAGAACUCCAACCCGAACCCUGCAUCAUCAGCGCUGACCAGUAGCGCCCUACUCUCAACUUUGACUGCGCUGCCACCUACCGGUGUGAAUGCAGCUAUGGCGGCGUACCAGAGCGCUUUGCUUUCGGCUAUGGCUGCGCACACACAUACUUUCCCCACCAGCCUGUCCGCUCCAACAGAUCUCUCAUUAAAGAGUACAGCGCCGACCCCUCUGCAUGGGACUUCGAACGCAUCAUCGCUUGCUCCCACGGCGUCCAGCCAGAGCAAGCCACAGCUUCUGUCCCACAAGCUGUCAGGAGCUGAAGUGGGUGCAGUACGACAGCUCAUUACUGGCUACCGUGAGUCCGCAGCCUUCCUGCUCCGCUCCGCAGACGAGCUCGAAGCUCUUCUGCUUAACCAACCCUAG